AUGGCGUCCUUAUUGUUCCACACAAUAAUCUUCCUCCUCCUCACACUCACCUUCGCUCAAGUUCGUAUCCCCAUCACGCGAAAAACUCAUCUAUCACAUCCCGCCCUCAACCGUCACCUCUCUUCCCGCGCCUCAGUCUCCGUAUCUCUUGUAAAUAAUAUCACACAAGCAAGCUAUGUCAUCUCUGUCAAAAUUGGAACUCCGCCUCAAGAUAUUGAUUUGAUUAUCGAUACAGGUAGUAGUGAUACCUGGUUGAUCGCUGCUACUGCGGAAUCAUGUACUGCUUCUGAACUGCAAGAAUACAAUUGGACGGAUGAAAGUACUUGCAACACUCCAUAUUAUCCAAAUGCUUCUUCAUCCAUCAACCUUGAUGUCACAAACGAUACAUUCAACAUUCAAUAUCUAGAUGGAUCCGAAUCGCAAGGAAGCUACAUAGCCGACACGUUCCAUCUCGGUGAUGUCACCGUCCACUCUCUUCAAAUGGGUCUUGCCUACAUCACAGACAUACAAACUGGAAUAUUUGGAGUCGGCUACACUGUUGGCGUAGCUUCUGAUGCCGUCUAUCCAAAUAUUAUCGAGGAUCUCAUCUCCCAGAAUCUCAUCAGCACCAGAGCUUACAGUCUCUACCUAGACUCCUAUGACUCCCCUACUGGCUCCAUUCUCUUUGGCGCAAUCGAUACCUCCAAGUUCACUGGCAAUUUGGUGGCGAUGGAUAUAAUACCCGCACCCUUUUGGAAUGGUUCGCUCCUCUACUCAUCAUUCGACAUUGAGCUGGUUGGAUUGGGAAUCACGGAUCAAGAAGGCAGUACUACGAACUUCGCCACCUCUCCCGAAGUUGUGACUUUGGAUUCUGGAACCACAAUCACUUACUUACCACCUGCGUUAACAAAUACUAUCUACAAAUAUUUCAACGCUUACGACGACACAAUGUCCACGAGCAAUGUGUACAUUCCCUGUUCACUUCUCACCACUUCGUCUUCUCUAACAAUCAAUUAUCUCUUCUCAUCCUCCUUCGUCUCUGCUACGAUCAAAGUUCCUCUCUCCGAACUUAUAUUCCCACUCACAAAUCCCAUCUAUGCACUUACCCCAGGCUCUACACUCCCAGCUUUACCAUUUAGUGGUGAGGCAUGCGGUUUUGGGGUUCAGCCGGGAAGCGAGGGCUCUUAUUUACUUGGUGAUACGUUCUUGAGGAGUGCGUAUGUGGUGUACGAUUUGGAGAAUAAUGAGAUAGGACUUGCGCAGGCAAACUUUGACGCUUCUAAUACGAGCUCGAGCUCGAGUGGGGGAGAUGAGAGUAUUGUCGAGUUAAAGGCGGGAGAGACGGGCGUUCCGCUUUUAGGUGGUGAUGAUGGGAGUUCGAGCUCGAGUACGAGUUUGCUGGAGCCGAUGUCUACUGCUACUGGUGGGAGCAAGAAUUCGGGUACAGGGAUUCAAACGGCUACUGCCACUGGUACAGCAAUAGCUACGCAGACGGGAAAGAGUGGUGGAAGUGUUCCGAUGGCAAGAAGUUUAGAUCCUAGAACUCUCGGUUUUAUUGUGCUGGUAGGACUAAUAGCUGGUGGUGCAAUGGUGAUGAUAUGA